CCGACUAAUAAUUAACGAAAAUAAAUAAACUAACCGAAAUAAUAUUUAUAUCAAAUUCUACAAUCUUCUACAAAAACCCAAAUUAUUUCCUCUUUCCCUCUCAAUCGCCGUGUGAAGGAAACAUGGGCCUCGCGAAGCAAAACUCCGGCGACCUGAAAACGCGGUUUAACACCUGUUUGAGCAAGCUUUCGGACAGGGAUACGCUACCAAUGGCGGCCAACGAGCUCGAGAGCAUAGCCAAGACGCUUCAAAACGACACUUUCGCGCCUUUCCUCAGUUGCCUCCACACAACCGCCUCGUCGGAGAAAUCCCCCGUCCGUCGCCAGUGCGUCCGCCUCCUGAGCGUUCUGUCGGAGGCUCACGGCGAUGCCCUGUCGCCUCACCUGUCCAGGAUGGUAUCCGCCGUCCUGCGCCGCCUGCGCGACCCUGACUCCGCCGUCCGGGCCGCCUGCGUCGGUGCCGUCGCCUCCAUUGCCACCCAUGUCCGGUCGCCGCCGUUCUCCGUCAUCCUGAAGCCUCUGGUGGACGCGCUUUUCCACGAGCAGGACGUGAACGCGCAGAUCGGCGCGUCGCUGUGCCUCUCCGCGGUGGUGGAGGCGGCACCGGAUCCGGACGCGGCAGAGCUGAGGAGGAUUCUUCCUAGGGUUUUGAAGCUGGUGAGGAGUGAUUGCUCGAAGGCGAAGCCUGCUCUGCUAUUGUUUAUUGGCAGUGUCGUGAGCGGGGGUUGCGUAAGGAAUAGGAGUUUGUUGAGUUCGGUGGUUUCAACGGCGGUGGAGUUUUUGAGCUGUGAGGAUUGGGCUACGAGGAAAGCGGCGGCGGAGGUUCUGGAGAAGGUGGCGCUGAGGGAGACGAAAUUGGCGGCCGAUUUUAAAGGUCCCUGCGUGGAUGCACUAGAGAGCAGGAGAUUUGAUAAGGUGAAGCAUGUGAGGGAUAAGAUGAAUCGAGCAUUGGAGGUGUGGAAAGAUCUGGCCGGACUACCUGACAACGUGACAUCGCCAAAAGAUACCUGUAGUGGUCCACUUCCAAUCAGCCCUUGUAAUGCUGGCUUAGAAACUCCCAAAGUGAAGAAAAUUGUGCUUUGCCAGUCACCCCCGUCUACUUGUUCGUCUACAAUAAGCAUUCAGAAAAGCAUUAUUGAAACAGAGGACAUCAAGCAGUGUGUUUCCAAAGAUACUAAGCCGAAUUUCAGGAAAAAAUUGCGGUCUCGAGUGGUUCCUUUUAACUGGAACAACGAGAAUUCAGACGUGGCUGAUGUUUAUGCCGUUAAAGAUGACUAUGAGAGUCAAAGGGAGUUCGGGGACAUGUCUCUCAUACGCAAACAGUUGCUGCAUAUUGAAAACCAGCAAUCUAAUUUAUUGGAUCUCCUCCAGAGAUUUAUUGGCAGCUCCCAAAAAGGAAUGAGUUCCCUGGCAAAACGGGUGGACGGCUUGGAGAAGGUGCUGGAUGAGAUGUCCCAAGAUUUUGCUAUAUCCACUGGCAGGAUUUCGUGCACUGAUAAGAAUAAUAAUAAUAAUAGUAAUAAUAACACGUGUUGUAUGUUAGCUGGGGCCGAGUUUCUAAGUCCCAAGUUUUGGAAGAAAGCUGAUGACAACAACUUCAAUUCAAAAACUUGCUCUCCUUUCAGGAACCAGGCCUUGCAAGGGUUGGGGCAUAGGUAUACAAAAGCUGAAUUUUCCAAGUGUGAUAACAGUUCAAGAAAUUGAUUUAACCCAAAAUUAUCCGGAGAUAGGGUUGUUUUAUUCUUUUAUUUUAGCUGAUGAGAUCUGGGUUUAUGCUAGUUGGAUCUAUUAUAGAUGGGUCGUUUUUAAGUUAGUUUUUGGAACCUGAGGUGAAAUGUAUGCUCAAUUGGAUGUAUAUAGUGAAUUCUGUAACCGCUAUGAGUAUUCCAAUUUCUUCCUAAGUAUCAACUAGUGCAUAGCUCGUGG